CCCUGCUUAGUUCCUACCUUCUUCAUUCAAAGUCUGCGUUUUUCACUAUGCACCCAAUGGCUUCUUCCAAUCUCUCCUAUUAUUCUUCUUUGUCGUUUCUCUCCCACUCAAGGGCAUGCAGACACUACAAAUUGCAGAAUGGACUAACACUAACCACCAUAAAUACUUGCAUGAUAAAUGGAUAUGAUUUACCAUUUAUCCAUCUCAGUUCCAAAUUUUUUCCAAGUGACAUUGCUGUUUGUAGACAAAGAAUCAAAGCUACACUGAUAUCUGGAGUAGGAGGAGGAGGAGGAUUUGAUAUAAAUGAAAAUUAUGAAUCUGUUGGAAUUGAGUUACAGCCUGAUGAUGCAGUACCAUUUGGAUCAGUGUCACCAGAAAUUGUGCUAACAAGAACUGAUUCUUCUGUUGACAACAAUGAAUUUGAUUUGGCCGAACCCACCAAGGGUUUUGUUUUCAUUCCUGAGGCCACAGAAGAUAUUCUCCAGGGAAAGGUACACUCUCUGAGGGAUGCUAAACUUGGUACCACCACAGUGGUAUCGGUCGACGAUACAGCAACGACUGUGGAUCAUGCUGCACCUGCUGGUUUGAUGAUUGUUGAUGACGGUUUGAUGGCUCGAUUGCCAAAUAUUCGUCAGUUUGUAGCGCAUGAAAGUGAUAAAGUUGCAUCCAUUGCUGACUUGCUAAGAUAUAGAAGAAAGAGAGAUAACUUAGUAGUUCAUGCUGCCGUAGCCGCCUCGGCCUCAGUUCCUACAAAGCAGGCAAAAAGAUAUUGGAACAUAACUUUGGAAGAGAUGAUGAAAGCAGGAGUUCAUUUUGGCCAUGGUACUAGAAAAUGGAAUCCGAAAAUGGCACCUUACAUAUCCACAAAACGCAAGGGUAUCAACAUCAUAAAUCUUACCAAAACAGCUCGCUUUUUAUCAGAAGCUUGUGAUUUAGUUUUCGAUGCAGCAAGCAAGGGGAAACAAUUCCUAAUUGUUGGCACUAGGAAGACAAUAGCUGAUUUAAUAGCACAAGCAGCAACAGGAGCUCGGUGUCAUUAUGUUAAUAAGAAAUGGCUCGGCGGCAUGUUAACCAAUUGGUAUACCACAGAAACAAGGCUUCGGGAGUUCAGGGACUUGAGGAUAACACAGAAGACAGGCAGAAUCAAGAGUCUUCCGAAAAAGGAUAUUGCCAAUUUCAAGAGAAAACUCAAUCACUUGGAAACAUAUCUGGGUGGCAUUAAAUACAUGACAAGGUUACCUGAUAUCGUGAUAAUCGUUGAUCAGGAAAAGGAGUAUACUGCACUUAGAGAAUGCAUCACUUUGGGAAUUCCAACCAUCUGUUUAGUCGAUACAAAUUGUGAUCCAGAUCUUGCAGACAUUUCGAUUCCAGCUAAUGAUGAUGCUCUAGCAUCAAUCAGAUUAAUUCUUAGUAGAUUAGUGUUUGCAAUUUGUGAGGGUCGUUCUAACUAUGAGCAAAAUUCUUAA